UCUGAAUUUGACCCACAUUUAACCUUUACCGGAUAUGACAUACACUUUGUACAACAAAACACUCGAUGUUCGCGGCAUUGGCUACACAAACAUACAGUGAUCGAUAGUAUUCAGCACAAAACAAAGUUCUAUAGAAAGUUUUCCCGGUUAAUUCAAAGUGUCAGUAUGCCCCGUUGUGUGGCUGCUGGUUGUGAUAGCAACCAUUCACACAAUGUUAGUUUCCACCAGUUUCCAAAGGAUGAAAUUUUAAGGAAGAAGUGGAAUGAAGCAGUUUCGAGAACCAGGCUUCACUUCCAAGGAUCUGCUUAUUCUGUUUUAUGCAGUAAGCAUUUUGCGCCGGACGAUUACGAACCGAGAAGUGUAUUAGCUCAAAGUAUUGGGCUGUCUGGUCGUAAUACCAUGAGACUGAAAAAAGGAGCAAUUCCUAGUAUAUUUACGAAGCCAAGUCGCCCAGGACAGUUGCUUUGCAACGAAAAGAAGAAACGUCGUCUGUCAACGGCCUAUGAGAAAAGGGAAAGAGCGAGGGUUAUGAAUGAGAUAGAUAUAGGCCGAGGCGUGCCAACAGAACUUGAAGACCUAGAACAAAGUCCAUCAUCAGCUGAAGAUGUGCCCAUCUCCAAUGAAGCACAAAUCCAGACCGAGCCUAUUGAACCGCACCACUGUGAGUGUUGCAUUCACAAGCAGCCAAAUGUUAAGAUGGUCAAUUUCAGUGUCCAGUUCCGCACACGUAUGACUGAUAAAGGAAUGCAAAUAUUCCCUGAUGAUGAAGACAUUAGGGUGGAUAACUGUGAUUUCAGUGGCAAUGAUGGUAAUACUAGUGUAGUGGCUGCUGACAAUGCUAACAAAUGUGAUACUACAGAUGCCAUUACAAGUGGCGCUAAAAAUACAUUGGACAAGGUGGCAGAUAAAACUGUAGGCGAGUCAGCAGAUAAAGCUGAAAGUGAGCCAGAAGAUGAGGCAGAACAUGAAACAGAUUCGGAGGAGGCAGAUUCAGAGGACGAUGAUAGCACUACUGAUCCAGACUAUGAACCAUUUGAUGAUAUUGAAAUGGAGGCUGAUCAAGGUGAAGAUGAUGUAGACCAUGUAGCAGGUGAUGUGUACAAAGGUCGAAAGUUCCUUGUGUACGAGGACCAACUUUUAGCUGCCUUUCAAUUGUGUCCAGUUUGCAGUUCACCAGCAAAGGGUUCAGUGUGUGCUGUGCAGGGUACAUUUUGCAGAAUUAGACAAGUUUGUGCUUCUUGCAAUUUCAAGAGAAUGUGGGAAUCGCAGCCCAUGAUAAAGAACACUCCUGCAGGGAACAUUUUGCUAUCUGCAGCCAUCUUGUUCUCCGGCUCAUGUGUUGCCAAAUCACUCAGGUUUUUAAGGCAUCUGAGAUGUGCAAGCAUAUUUCAUUCACCAACGGAAUUUCCUGCUCCCAAGCAUAGAGACCCUGUGGGAAGAAGACAGAAAGAAAAGGAUAGAAGAACUAACAAAAGGAGAAAAGAUAGUUCUUGGUGGUGA